CAUCCAAAGACACAUGUAUUCGACGUCGACGAAAGCGGCCUGGUGGCUGGCUACGUUUUUUAGCGUCUUCGUUACAGGAGAGAUGCCGGUCCAGGCGGAAUUGGAGCCGGAAUUCCUUCAAGAGCUGGGAAACCACACGGUGACACAAGGACGCGACGUGCACUUCACAUGCGUCGUCAACAACCUCUCCAAAUACAGGGUGGCAUGGAUAAAGUCAGACUCAAAGGCGAUCCUGGCAUACCACACACACAUGGUGGCGCUGAACCCACGUCUCUACGUCACUUACAACAACCACAACACGUGGAAACUGCACGUGAGCAACGUGCAGGCCAACGACUCUGGCACCUAUAUGUGCCAAGUCAAUACAGACCCUAUGAAAAGUCAGAUGGGACACCUCUCUGUGGUCAUACCGCCAGAUAUUGUCGACUCAGUGACUGAAGGCAGUUCUGCGCAAGAAGGCGGCAGUAUACGAUUGACGUGUACCGCGACAGGCGUUCCUCCUCCAACUGUGUUAUGGCGUCGGGAGGGAAACCGGCCUAUUGUCUUCAGACAUGAUGGAGGCAGGGAGAGGAAAGUGGUAGACAGUUACGGAGGAGAGAGCCUGGAGUUGUCGCACGUGCAGAGGACUGAUAUGGGGGCUUAUUACUGCAUCGCGAGCAACGGCAUCCCGCCCACCGUCAGCCGACGGUAUCACGUCGAAGUUCACUUCAUACCUCAAGUGAAGGUGACGAAUCAGCUGGUUGGCGCGCCGCUGGGUAGCGAUGUUGAACUGCAAUGUUACAUCGAAGCCUCUCCCAAAGCUAUGAACUCCUGGUACAGGGAAGAUGGUAAAUCGUUACUAAGUGACAAGUUGCUGGAGAAUCCGAAGCUGCGAGUGAAAGAAGCGCACGUCAACGUCUACUCUAUAUGGAUGAACUUGACAAUCAAGUCACUCUCGCCAGGCGACUACGGCACCUACUUGUGUGCGUCUGUCAACGCUCUGGGGAAAAUGGAGAGCCAAGUCAGCUUACAUAGGCUAGAGCUAAGUGUUAACGGUUUCGGUGCUGAAGAGCCGAUGGUGUCGGGUGCCGCGUGGCAGCGAGCGAGGAACCAGCAGCCCGCGACCUCCCAAGCACACCAAUACUUCCUAACAAGACAUCUACCGCCACAGAUAUAUGCGCUACUACUUACUUUACUCAGAUAUGUUAAUACUUUUUAAAAUUGUUUCUAGUUAUUAUUAUUAUUUAAUUUGUAUUCAUUGAGUUCUCGAGUGGUUCCGCACAUUUGAUUAAUAUAUUGUGUGAACUCGCUUGAGUCUUGGACAUUUCCUAAACAGCUCUAUAUUUUAAACAUUAUUUAGUGAUUAACAUCUGUGAUUUAUAGCUAUUUUAAAUACGUUUUUAUUUUUAUUUAUGUUUUCUAAUAAGUGUUUCGUAUAAACUUAAAUACAUAAAUUAAACAUAAAAUAAGAAACAUUUAUGGAAUUAGACUUAAAACAUGUUCAUAGACUUUAGUAGCGUUUAUUUAAAUGUUAAUCUAAUGAAAUAAAUGUGAGUGCAUUAUGCAUUUCAUUACGACUAAUUCAUUGUUAAGAAUGUUAGAUGAACAUUUCAAAUAUCCAUUAUUAUUUCAUUAUACUCAAUAUUGCAUUAAAGUUACGUUGACUCGACAAUAAAUGUGUAAUUUACGAUUGAUAUGUAAUAUUAAAAUAAAUGUCCUCGUGGAUCCUUA